AUGGCCAAGUUAGCUUUCAUUUCAGUUAUAUCGGUUAGCAUUUUAUUACUAUGUCUGAUCAAGCAUUCAGCAACUUCGUCCUGUAAUGGCAAGUUGACUGCAGAUUGCAAUAAAAUGACUCGAGUAUGCAAUCAGGAACUAUCUUGGAGGGCUACCAAAGAAGAAAUUGAAUUUACGAUUACAGCAAAGACAGAUAAAUGGCUUGGCGUUGGUGUUUCUAAAGAUCAGUUAAUGCCAUUUACAGAUACCUACGUAGGAUGGACAGCAAGAGGUAAAACUUACUUAUCCGAUCGCUACAUCGGUCAGUACAGGACAGCUCCUACGCUCGAUAGUAAUCAAAAUGUAUUUAAUGUUAACGGAUCUUACGCCAAUGGCUACUCAAGUUUAAGCUUUAAGCGACCCAUUACAACAGGUGAUAGCAACGAUAUUUCAGUCAAUGGUUGCAGAUACUUUUUCCUAGCAAUAGGUGGUUCAUUUAAUGAGGCGACAAAGCAAAUUGACCGUCACGUUUCCACACCUAUCGCUACUCCACAAGCGAUUUGUAUCGAUCCAUCGAAAUGUUAA